AUGCCUGACGAGCGCGAUCCAUCGCAGAGCGGCGUCCCCCACCGUGGUGGGUCCACUGCGCGUCCGAGUCCCGCCCUCAUCGCCGCCUUCAUCGCCCUCUGCGCGCUCUCCGUCGUCACGACUUUGCUUGUCAACUUCCGCUGCAGGAAUGGGUUACGGUGGGGGAGGUACCAGAGGCGGCCUCCGGCGCGGCCUGCGCAUGCGCGUCGGUCUGCGUCUCAUCCAAGGAAGAAGCACCGCCGUGCACCGCGAUUGCAUGACGCAUAUCUGAACCUGGAGGCCCAAGAGGCGGUGGGGUGGAAGAACGUUGUGCCUUUGGCCGCGUCUGUGUUGCCUUCAAGCCCGUCGUACGACAAGAUGCCAUCAGAGGGGAAGCGUAUCCGAUUUCAGGACCCAAGCAAACACACUCCGUUAGAUUCUGACGGCAUACCGCAACCUACACCAUCAUGCCCCCUCUCUAUCUAUGCUCCCGCCCAAUCCAUCCUCGUUCCUCCGCCCCCGAUCCAAGUUCAAGUUAUCGUGCCUAUCUUGAUGCCUGUAGCGCCAGGUCCUAGACGUGGCGGGAUUGAGCAAGAUGCAUCCGUCUGCUUGGGCACGACAAUUGUACCAUUAUCAACGCGCGGCUUGGGACGAGGAUAG